AAGAAGAAGAAGGGAAGACAAUGGCGGUUCACUCCUUCUUCUCUGAGACAGUCCUUCUCUUAGCAGCAAUUGAUACAGACUAAGUUAUGUUAGGUUUCUGAAACUUGUAUCAAGCAUGUUCCUACUGCGGUUCGAAAUAGUGGUAUAGUAUUUAUACCAGUGUGACGUCACGUAACAUUAUCAGGAGUUCACACAGGAGAGUGAAGACAGUGGAACCCGACAAAAAUCAUUUGUUUCUCCAGUUAAUCACUUUUGAAACUCGUAACACACUCAAUUGGAAAAAUGUGCAAAUUCCAAAAAGUGAGAAUGCUGAUGGAGCAGCGACUAAAUGUUACUGUUAAAGAAAUAUUUGGAGUGUUGGAAAGAACCAUAGCAGAGUACGAGGAGGAACUUUCUAAGACAAAGGAGGAGAACAAACGUCUACAAAAACUACUGGAUGCUGUUUUCAAACCUCAAGUUGUGCUACACAGAGCAGCAUCUAUUCAGACAGCAAGCAGCAGCAGCACAUUUACUGCUGAGAGACAGACUCAACAUGUAGAUCCAGACGUCCAGCAGGUGUCAGCAGAGAGUCAAGAAGAGAUUCCCUCCAAGCAGCAGGAGUGGCACACCAGUGUGGGACAAAAGGAGCUCCAGCCCCCACACAUUAAAAAGGAAGAGGAGGAACUGUGGGGGCAGCUUCAAAUGUUGGUGGAGGCUAAUGAUGAAGAUGGAGCUCAGUCCUUACAGCUUCAUCACAGUCAAAGUGAGGAGAACAGAGGGGCGGAGCUUGUAACUCAACACAUCACAGAAGCUGAUGGAGAGCAUUGUGAAGAUAUAAAGUCAGAACCAGACAGCAUCGUUGCUCCACUGUCAGACAUGGACCACAUGAUGUCAGACUCUUCUGAUCACAGUGACAACAUCCAAAAACCUUUGGAGAGUAAACAUGACCCUAAAGGUGAUACGAGACAUCACACUAACAACAAACACUUUGCCUGCUCUGAAUGUGGAAAAUCAUUGAGACAGAAGAGUCAUUUUACAAGACAUAUGAGAAUACAUACUGGAGAGAAACCUUUUAUUUGCUCUGUUUGUAAGAAGAGUUUCUCCAGAAAGCAUCACAUGAUCACACACAUGAAAACACACACUGGGGAGAAACCUUUUUCUUGCUCAGCUUGUGCUAAACGAUUCAACACUAAGAAUGAAAUUAUAUUACACAUGAGAAUACAUACUGGAGAGAAACCUUUUACUUGCUCUGUUUGUAAGAAGAGUUUCUCCAGAAAGCAUCACAUGAUCACACACAUGAGAACACACACAGGAGAGAAACCGUUUAGUUGCACUGUGUGUGUUAAAAGGUUCAUGUAUAAGCAGCUUGUCAGUCAACACAAGUGUGUAACAGUCAUGGAAGCUGCAGGGAUUUAAAAACACUUAAACAGUGAUUGUGCUAAAUGUACUUUUAAACACAGCAUGUUUAAUAUGAAUGUAUAUUUUAUGUUGUAUGUAAUGCUUCUCAUCUUCUAGUGUUGGCCUGCAGUUACUUUUUAAAGGCCUACUGAAACCCACUACUACCAACCAUGCAGUCUGAUAGUUUAUAUGUCAAUGAUGAAAUCUUAACAUUGCAACACAUGCCAAUACGGCCGGGUUAACUUAUAAAGUGCAAUUUUAAAAUUCCCGCCACACUUCUGGUUGAAAAACUCCUUUGGAUAUGAUUUAUGCGCGUGACGUCACAAAAGCAACGGAAGUGUUUGGACCCCACCGGACCCGAUAGAAAAGCCUCUUGUUUUCUUCGACAAAAUUCCACAGUAUUCUGGACAUCUGUGUUGGUGAAUCUUUUGCAAUUUGUUUAAUGAACAAUGGAGGCUGCAAAGAAGAACGUUGUAGGUGGGAUCGAUCGGUGUCUUAGCGGCUAAGUACAAUACUGUAAUAUCUGUGAUAUUUGCAUUAGUGUACUGUGUCUUUAAGGGUUUGGGGGAACGCGCAUGCGCGAUGAGUUGGCGGAGAACUCGAGUGUGUGUGAGCUCGUGUAUGUGUGUGCGUUACUUUUUGAACUACAACCAGUUACCGCUAGUUAAUAAAGCGAUUGAGCAAUUUGUUUAAUGGACAAUGGAGACUGCAAAUAAGAAAGUUGUAGGUGCGAUCGGUGGAGUGGCGGACUACAGCAACACAAACACCAGGAGGUUGUGUUGUGUUUUGAGCAGGAUAGCAGACGCACUACGGUGAGUACAGCUUUGACUUCCAAACAUUUGAUCGCUUGCCCGUACGUGCGUGUCGAUAUGUGCAUGUGACGUACGUAACUUUGGGGAAAUAUAUGUUUCUUGCCGACUCUGAUGGCGGCCGGGGUGUCGUCAAAAGCGUACAACGCCCGCCGCCGCAUCUAAGUUAGCUACGCAGCUAGGUUAGCUUCUGUUUUUUUAGCUUCGCCAAGCGGAAUAUUAUUAAUCGUGUAUUUACAUGUUCUUGGUUUAAUAGUAUUAUUGAUCUUCUGUCUAUCCAUCCAGUCAGGGUUUUUUUUUUUUUAGUUUCUCUCUACAUUUGAGACUGCUAUGCUAUCGCGUUGGCUACGCAGCUAGGUUAGCUUCUGUUUUUUUAGCUUCGCCAAGCGGAAUAUUAUUAAUCGUGUAUUUACAUGUUCAUGGUUUAAUAGUAUUCUUGAUCUUCUGUCUAUCCUUCCAGUCAGGGUUUUUUUAAAAUUUAGUUUCUAUCUGCAUUUGAGACUGCUGCUAUCACGUUGGCUACGUAGCUAGGUUAGCUUCUGUUUUUUUUAGCUUCGCAAAGCUGAAUUAUUAAUCGUGUAUUGACAUGUUCAGUCACUGUGAAUGUCCAUUUCGCGUUCUCGACUCUCAUUUUCAAGAGGAUAUAGUAUCUGAGGUGGUUUAAAAUACAAAUCUGUGAUCCACAAUAGAAAAAGGAGAGAGUGUGGAAUCCAAUGAGCCAGCUUGUACCUAAGUUACGGUCAGAGUGAAAAAAGAUACGUCCAUCACUGCCUCUCAAGUCCUUCACUGUAACGUUCCUCAUCUACGAAUCUUUCAUCCUCGCUCAAAUUAAUGGGGUAAUCGUCACUUUCUCGGUCCGAAUCUCUCUCGCUCCAUUGUAAACAAUGGGGAAUUGUGAGCAGCACUACCGCUUGUGACGUCACGCUACUUCCAGUACAGGCAAGGCUUUUUUUUAUCAGCGAGCAAAAGUUGCGAACUUUAUCGUCGAUUUUCUCUACUAAAUCCUUUCAGCAAAAAUAUGGCAAUAUCGCGAAAUGGUCAAGUAUGACACAUAGAAUGGAUCUGUUAAAUAAAAAAAGUUCAUUUCAGUAGGCCUUUAAGUUGUGUGCAUUAAUAAAAUAUUAUAUAUGUGGCUAAUGUUUUAUUUAAUUUUCUCAUUGUUAAAGAGAGUAAAUCUUAGUAUUUUCAUUUUUUUUGUGUCUCUUAUAAAAUCACAGAU